AUGGAUCUCCAUCACAGCCCGCCUCGGAAGAGAUCCAAGUCCUUCCAUGCUACUUCUCGGGUCAUCGCCCAGUUCGCUCAUCCAGUGCAUGCGGAAACUGUCCCCAUGGAUAUCGAUCGCCCAGAACAUGCAACUCAAGAUUCUACUACUUUAGUGGAUUCUUCUGGCGUUACUGCAGCAAACUCGGGUAUUCUGCAUCAUGAGGAGAGCCACAUCUCGCCCGAGGAACGCAGGGUCAAGGCCUACACUCGUUCGAUCGUGCCGGCUCCUAACACCCAAGACACUGCCACAAAUGACAUAUUCGCUUACCACAUGCCUAAGUUGUACGAUGUUUCUUUUUUUUAUUAUGUAAAGGGAAUGGAAAAGGGCACGAACCAGCCCGCCUUUGCUCGAACUGCAUCGAAAACGCUUUUUGUGUUCAUUUGCAGCGAGUCCGUUGAAGAAUUAUCACUUUAUUGUGCCACGUACUUCUCCCUCGACAAAUCACAGAUACCCCAGCUUUGCGCGAGAGCUGUUAUGCUCUUGGAAGAAGCCAGAUACUUCAAAGAAAGUGCGCUCAACAGUUGGGAGAUGAUGGAGUAUGCUCAUGGUGGCACCACCUCCGUGGAAUUCCAUGUGUACUUCUAG